CCACGCACCCAUAAAACAUUUAAAAAGCUUUACUCUCAGCAAAAAACAAGGACAACCCACGUUUCCCUCCUGUUUUUUCUUCCAUUUUCCUUCAAGCCAAACAUGUCUGUUCUCUCCUCUUCUGAGAUUGGAGUUCUGUUUCUGUCCCUUACUUACCACACUUGACUUCCAAACAUAAAAAUCCAACAUACCCAGAUAAGGUAAGACCAGAAAAAUCUCCAACAUUCUCACAAUAAAAGAAGUUUUUGUAAGUUCUCUCUCACUUUGCCACAAAAAAUUUCCAAACUUUCCCACAAAGUCUCACACUUUUCCUUCACUUUAGCUCAGAACAAAGAUGCCUCUUCCUCUCAGCCUCUACUUUUGUCUCUUCUUUCUCUUCCUCUUUCCCUCUCCUUCCCUUUCCUCUCUCACUGAGCUUCCCACUCUCAUGGCUGUAAAGGCCUCUCUGGACCCACAAAACAAGUUCUUGACUUCAUGGACCGCAAACACUGAUCCAUGCAGUGGCUCUUUUGAAGGCGUGGCUUGCAACGAGCAAGGCCUUGUGGCCAAUAUCUCUCUGCAGGGGAAGGGACUCUCUGGUACAUUACCUGAAGCCUUGGCUUCCCUCAAGAGCUUGACUGGGUUGUACUUGCACUUCAAUGCUCUGAGUGGGAAAAUACCAAAGGGGAUUUCCCGGUUGUCCCAACUCAGUGAUUUGUAUCUCAAUGUGAAUAAUCUCUCUGGGGAGAUUCCUUCAGAGAUUGGUGACAUGUCUAAUCUUCAAGUUUUGCAGCUGUGUUACAACAAGUUGACUGGGAGCAUACCAACACAGCUAGGAAAUCUGAGGAGGCUUAGUGUUCUUGCUUUGCAAUAUAAUCAAUUGACUGGCGCAAUCCCUGCAAGUUUGGGUGAUUUGCAGAUGUUAACAAGGUUGGAUUUGAGCUUUAAUAGCUUUUUCAGCUCUAUUCCGUUAACAUUAGUUAAUCCUCCCAUCCUAGAAGUUCUUGAUGUAAGAAAUAACUCUCUCACAGGCAUUGUCCCUUCAGGUUUGAAGAGACUGAAUGGUGGACUCCAAUACAAGAACAAUCCAGGACUAUGUGGAGUUGGGUUUUCUGGCUUAAAUAUUUGCAAAGCUACUGAUAGUCUAAACCCAAAUAGACCAGAACCAUUUGAACCUGGCAAUCUUUCUUCAAAAACUCUCCCAGAGUCAGUGCCCUUAAAGUCUGACUGUGGCAAAACCCAGUGUUCAAAACCAUCAAAAUCCCCACAAAUAGGUGCAAUUUUGGGGGCGAUUGGAGUUAUUAUUGCUUUGGCGGUUAUUGGACUUUUCACAUUUGCAUGGUAUCGUCGACGACAACAGAAAAUUGGAAGUGCCUUUGACACUUCAGAUAGCCGACUUAGUACUGAUCAGGUUAAGGAAAUCCAUAGAAAGAGUGUGUCUCCUCUCAUUAGUCUUGAGUACUCUAAUGGAUGGGACCCAGUAUCUAAAGGUCGAAGUGGGUUCUCUCAGGAGGUUCUUGAAAGCUUUAUGUUCAAUUUAGAGGAUGUGGAGCGUGCAACUCAGUGCUUCUCAGAGGUGAAUUUAUUGGGGAAGGGCAAUUUCUCUUCUAUCUACAAAGGAGUCCUCAGAGAUGGGUCUGUUGUUGCUGUAAAGUGCAUUGCCAAAACAAGCUGUAAGUCAGAUGAAGCUGAUUUCCUGAAAGGUUUGAAGAUAGUGACCUCAUUGAAACAUGAAAGUCUUGUUCGGUUAAGAGGCUUCUGCUGUUCGAAAGGCAGGGGGGAGUGUUUUCUUAUCUAUGAUUUUGUCCCAAAUGGGAGUCUGUUGGAGUAUCUUGACGUUCAGGGUGGCAGUGGAAAGGUUCUUGAAUGGUCCACCAGAGUAUCUAUCAUCAAUGGCAUUGCUGAAGGUAUUGUGUAUUUGCACGGGAAUAGAGGAACCAAACCUGCUAUAGUUCACCAGAAUAUAUCAGCUGAGAAAGUGCUCAUCGAUGGACGGUAUAAUCCUUUGCUCUCAGAUUCAGGCCUGCACAAACUUCUAGCAGAUGACAUUGUCUUCUCCACACUCAAGGCCAGUGCAGCCAUGGGAUACCUAGCUCCAGAAUAUACAAACACUGGUCGCUUCACUGAAAAGAGUGAUGUAUAUGCAUUUGGUAUGAUUGUAUUCCAAAUCCUCACUGGAAAGCGUAUAAUCACCCAAUCGACUCGCCAUGGGGCAGAAUCCAGCAAAUUUGAAGACUUUGUUGACAUGAACCUAGAGGGAAAGUUCUCAGAAUUAGAAGCAGCUAAACUUGGGAGAAUCGCUUGGCUUUGCACCCAUGAUUCUCCUAACCAACGGCCGUCCAUGGAAAAUGUGAUGCAAGAGCUCAGUGGACCUAUUAGCAGCUCUUGAUUAUCUCUUCUUGCUUUGUUUUUCAGAGACAGAGGGUUAGAUGAAGCUGUUACUAUAGAUGAGGCUGUUUAUUAAAAAGGAAAAAAAAGAAAAAAGAAAAAAGAAAAAAAAAAAGAGGCUGUUACUAACUACUUACUGAUGUCCAAGCUCUCAGUUAAUUAGGUUUUCUUGUUACAGUUGAGUUAUUGCUUAAUGACCGAAGUUGUGAAUGUACGUACUGGUUCUUGUAUCUGUGGGAGGACUAGAAGUGAUUUGCAUUAAACUUUAGCUAUGUAAAAGGUAGCUUUCCUUUAUUAGCAGAACUAGGUUUUUCUUUUUCUUUUUAUUUUUGGCUAAAUAAAUUGAAGGAGAGGAGAGUAGGUUAUUAUUAUUAUUAGCAUUAGCAGGACUCGUUAUUGAAGUUUUUAGUUUGUACUUUUUUAAAGAAAGUAUUUUGCUGCAAUGUCAUUGAUCACUGGCUUGCUGUAGUA